AUGGUGUACAAAUCCUUGCUAGCCGUGGGCUACUUUUACUUGCUCUCAUGCUGUCUUUCAGCAGUUGGGCGUGUAAUUCAAAACGCCACAGAAAAUACCUCCAAUUUUUCAGCCAUGGCGAAAGUUCCUACCCUCAACGGCGCGUCCUCUUCCGUGAGCUCCGAUUGCGGCCUUUCUGCGCCGGCCCAUGAACUCGGUGCCCGUAAAAAUGAAGUCUUUACGGUGAAAAAGCCACCCGUGGUCCUCAAUCUAAAGCACUCGUCCGCCGCCGGAAAAAAGAUCCAACCUUUGGAUUCUUUAACGGCGAAAGACUCAACGAGAAUCCAAAGGCUCCACUCGAGAAUUGCUCAGAAGAGUAGCAUUUCUGACAAGAACCCGAUAAUCCCCCCGCCGGAAUAUUCCUCCGGCGGCCCGGACGGGCGCCUGGUGGCCACCCUGGAGUCUGGCGUCAGCCUCGGCUCCGGCGAAUACUUGAUGGACGUGUUCGUGGGCACGCCUCCCAAGCACUUCUCGUUGAUCCUCGACACGGGCAGCGACCUCAACUGGAUACAGUGCGUCCCUUGCCACGACUGCUUCGACCAAACGGGCCCUUACUAUGACCCGAACCACUCGAGCUCUUACCGGAACGUGAGCUGCGGGGACCCGCGCUGCGGGCUCGUUUCGUCCCCCGUGGGCUGCCGGGCCCAAAACCAGAGCUGCCCGUAUUACUACUGGUACGGGGACAGCUCCAACACGACGGGCGAUUUCGCGGUCGAGACUUUCACGGUGAACCUUACGGGCCGGGCCGGGCUUGGACGGGUGGAGAAUGUGAUGUUUGGGUGCGGCCACUGGAACCGUGGGCUCUUUCAUGGGGCGGCUGGCCUGUUGGGCCUUGGGCGUGGGCCCCUCUCGUUCGCGUCCCAGCUCCAGUCCCUUUACGGGCACUCGUUUUCGUACUGUCUCGUGGACCGGAAUAGCAACUCUAGCGUUAGCAGCAAGUUGAUUUUCGGGGAUUUGAUGGAUAGCAAGGAAUUGAACUUCACGUUCACGGGCCUAGUAGGCCCGAACGAGGGAUCGGGAGAAACGUUUUAUUACGUGGAGAUAAAGUGGAUCGUGGUUGGAGGGGAGGUAUUGGAAAUUCCCAAGGAGACGUGGGGUUUCUCGUCGGAGGGCGGUGGAGGAACGAUCGUGGACUCGGGCACUACGCUUACUUAUUUCGUGGAGCCGGCUUAUCGGGUCAUCAAGGAGGCUUUCGUGAAGAAGGUGUUGGGCUACCCGAUUGUGGAGGAUUUUCCGAUUUUGGGUCCUUGUUAUAAUGUGUCGGGCUCCCGUAACCCGGUGGAUGAUCUGCCGUCGUUGUCGAUUGUGUUUGGGGAUGGGGCCAUUUGGGAUUUCCCGGUCGAGAAUUAUUUCAUCAGGCUCGACCCGCAGGAUGUGUUGUGUUUGGCCAUUCUUGGGACCCCUCGUUCGGGCCUCUCCAUAAUCGGCAACUAUCAGCAGCAGAAUUUUCGUCUUGUGUACGACACCAAGCGCUCAAGGCUGGGUUUUGCGCCGGCUAAGUGUGCAAGUAUGUGA